AUGGUGUCUAUAUAUUAGUGUGAACAAUCUACGUUUGAAUGCAAUCAAUAAAAUCAAAGUAGAAUAUCUAUAUCAAUUUAUAGCUGUAGUGCAAUCUCAAUAGAGUUCUAAUUGUUAAAGAUAUAGAAUCAGAUUCAAUAACAAAUAUAGAUAAUAUUUUUGUUUAAAAGUGAUUUCAAAUUCAAUUAAGUUAGUCUCUCUCUUGAUUUGA